UGUAGAUGAAAGAAACUGAAGGAUUACACAACAAACAGGUAGGAGUGGUGAAGUAGGACUGACUUUGCAAUCUGGGAAGAAAACAUAUACAGCCAAAACAUUGACAGACAAGUCACACAGGGUGGUGGCAGUGACAGCCGAAGCUAAUCUUGAUGUCACAGAGGCUAUGGUUAUAUAAGGGCCUGCAUGGAGUGCUAUGGCUGCAGACCUGGGUUUGAUGUCAGGCCACACUUCCUCCUUAGACAUCACGAUUAUCUCCAUCCUGUUCCUCAUUGUCUACAUUGCACUCUACACACUCUGCACCACCUGUUUCAGUGCGACUCCAGAGUGUCCAGAGGAGAAAGCCAUACCUUCAUCUCUUUCACUGACUGUGAAUCCUGAAGAUCACUGGAGCACAAAUAGAAACAUGGAAAAUGUGGAUGCUAAAUCAGACAGUUGUUUUAGCCAACAAAUGACACCCAGGAUUCCAGAUACCCCUACAUUCUCUGUCGGAUCUACAGGUUCAGUGUCUCCAGGACUUCCUGCUCUUCCACCAGUUCCACCAAUUUUCUGUUUGACCACAUUCCAGGUAGAACCUCCAAUGGCAUCCUCUUCAGGACAGCAACCUAAGACAGUCAAAACUCCUCCACCUGAAGAUCCACCAAAUAUGAACAGUGGGUUUAGUGGGGCAGUCAGUGAUGAGCAUCCCUAUGCCUGUAUAGACAAUGUAAGUGUCAGUGGACCUUCAUCACCCUCCCUCUAUGAUGAAACCCAUGAGAACCAAUGGGAGAGCGAAAGUCCCUACCAUAUGGUGACAGAAUGGACAGAGACUGCUAAUACUUGUGACUUAGCCACAUUCCUUCCUGUGACAGACAGCAAUAAGGCACAGGAGUUGAGAUUUAUUUUCCCACCUCUCCCAGCUGUCCAGGAUGGCCAGUCAGUAAUUAACACAGACAGGACUGCUAUCUAUGCAGUGGUGAACAGGAAUACCAAAAGUCAGAAAAGCAUCGAAGAAGCUCCUGUUGAACAAGACACGAAGGUUUUGGAUGAGAAUGAAGCCCCGCCUGUUCCAGAAAAAAUAUUUGACUAGCAAAUAGAAAUUGGACUAUAUGAAAUUAUGUUACACCACUGUAUCAAAAUAUCUUACUACUUAAAGCAGUUUUGAAUGGGUGCAUUCUACAACCAGCUUUACAUCACCACUAAAACCAUCUCCCUUGCCAUCCUCUCCACCCUCACUCACUGCCUUACUGACAUUAAAACCUGGAUGAACCACAACUUCCUCAAACUAAACAGCAAUAAAACUGAGAUCAUCAUCUUUGGCCCAAAAUCCAUCCUUCCCACCUGUCAGAACUUCUCACUCUGUAUCGAUGGCCACUCUGUCAUUCCCUCCCCCCUUGUCAGAAACCUUGGAAUCUACAUGGAUCCUGCACUCUCAUUCAAAUUACGCAUUAAUCAUGUAACCAAAACAUCCUUUUUCCACCUACGAAACAUUGCACGCCUGCGACCCACUCUUUCCACCCCAGCUGCAGAGACAUUAAUUCAUGCCUUUAUCACCUCCAGACUCGACUACUGCAAUAGCCUUCCUUCUACUGUUCUUCAAAAACUACAAUAUGUUCAAAACUCUGCUGCCCAGCUGCUCACCCGCUCUCCCUCCAGAGAACAUAUCACCCCUGUCCUCCGUCAACUUCACUGGUUUCCCAUAAAACAACGCGUACACUUCAAGAUCCUCCUCAUCACCUACAAGGCCCUCAACAACCUUGCACCCUCGUACCUGACUGAUCUCCUCCAUCGCCACUCCCCCACCUGCCGACUACGCUCUGCAGAUGCCAACCUCCUCACUCCCAUCACCACGUCCAAGUACCGGACCCUCGGAGACAGAGCCUUCGCCAUCGCUGCCCCCACCCUCUGGAACUCCCUCCCCCUGGCCAUCCGUAACUCCGAUACACUACUUUCCUUCAAGCGCCAUCUCAAAACCCACCUGUUCAAGACUGCAUAUGACACUUGACACGUCACCUUCCUGCAGAUCACCUUCUUAUUUAUCUGGUGUGUGUGUGUGUGUGUGUGUGUGUGUGUGUGUGUGUGUGUGUGUGUGUGUGUGUGUGUGUGUAUUUUUGAACCUCCUGUAAAGCAUCUUUGAGUACCAUGAAAAGCGCUAUACAAAACAGAUAUAUUAUUAUUAUUAUUAUUACAACAUAAAACAGAUUUUUGCUUAUGCAAAAAUUUUUUGUGCUUAUGCAAAGAUAACAGUGGCAUGAAUAAAAGGAACAGACCUUAGAAUUGUAUUUCCAAGCCCCAGAUUUACCCAAGAAGAAAAAAACAUCUAUUGAAUGCCAGAUGGAAAAAGAUAUCGCAACUAGCAAUCCAUACAAUUCAUGUAGAAAUAAAGAAAUUAAUGAAGAGUAUGCUCCUGUAGACGCGCUUACCAUAUAUCUUGUACUGAUGCCUUUUAAAGAUAGAGUUUAUUGUGUAUGCCCCUCAUAUUUCUCUCAUGUUGUAGUCCUUUGAGCAUGAUAGUGAGGUCUAACGAAUGUGUAGCGUGUCCCAUGCUUCAUUUUCGGGCUCAUGAGUAUCAUCUACAGUGGUGCUUGAAAGUUUGUGAACCCUUUAGAAUUUUCUAUAUUUCUGCAUAAAUAGGACCUAAAACAUCAUCAGAUUUUCACACAAGUCCUAAAAGUAGAUAAAGAGAACCCAGUUAAACAAAUGAGACAAAAAUAUUAUACUUGCUCAUUUAUUAUUCACUCUUUCUUUUAAAAAACAUAUUAAAAAGCUUGGUAAUACUAUAAGGUAUAGCAUAGCUAAUUUUAGACACAUCCGUACCUCUCUAAGUGUUGAUGCUGCUAUGAUUGUGUGUAUGUCAAUGCAAUGAUUAUGUCUCAUUUACAUUACUGUAUAUCAAGCUGGUCUCAGGCCAACAAGACUGCCUUAAGAUCCAUUGUUUCACUGUACAAGCAGGCUCUGAAGGUCUUAGACAAAAGACCAUUUCAGUACCAUCACUGUGCCAUACUUGGCAAGUAUAAUAUGCUUAGCCUUGAAAACCUUAUACAGUACUCUGAUCUGCGUCUAAUACAUAAAAUCAUUAAUAAUACAGCACCCCCACCUCUGAGAAAAUUUGUUCAACUCUGCUCUGAACAGAUGAGCAGAACCACAAGAUCCACCAGAAGGGGAGAUUGUAGCCUCCCAAAUCGGCGCUCUGCCUUUGCUCAAUCAGCCUUCUCUUUUAGAGCUACCAGAGCUUGGAAUAGUCUCCCCAAUGACUUAAAAAGUAUUGUUGAUUUCAAGGCCUUCUCAAGGAGCGUGAAAAAAUGGAUUUUGAGCAACCAGUCUUGUCAACAUUAAUCAUAUUAUGUAAUGCUGCAAUUAUAUAUCUUAUGUCUUAAUUCUUAACUGAUUGUUUGUGUGUGUGUGUGUGUGUGUGUGUGUGUGUGUGUGUGUGUGUGUGUGUGUGUGUGCGCACAUGCAUUUGUGCACCUAUGGCUGCUCUUAUUCUCAUGUAUUUUGUUUGUAUUUGUUUUACCUGCCUAGGGACUGCAGAUGGAAAUUAGCUUUUUAGCUAUAAUCUGGCGCAAGCCAUCUUCUUACUUUUGUAACCAAUGACUCUUGUGCAUGGUCCCUGUUUCAACUAAACUAAACUAAAUAAACUAAACUAAACUAA